AAGGUUAAUUUUCUGGUCUCGCUUCAGUCUCCGCUCAACCGCCCGCAUAUGGUAUAAAAGGUCCGGCUCCCAUUUCUCUCCCAUUCGCCAUUUCUUGGUCUCGGCGAGAGCGCGUUUCCCCAUUCCUUCCUCUUUGGAUCUCUCGCCCUCCCCCUGUCGGCUUGGAGGAAGGGUGAAAGAAUCCUAAUCGCCGUCUUCGACGAGAUUAUAGAAAAUGGCCGAUGCUGAGGAUAUCCAACCUCUUGUCUGUGACAAUGGAACUGGAAUGGUGAAGGCUGGAUUUGCUGGUGAUGACGCACCUCGGGCAGUAUUCCCCAGCAUAGUAGGCCGGCCUCGCCAUACAGGUGUUAUGGUUGGGAUGGGCCAAAAGGAUGCUUAUGUUGGUGAUGAGGCGCAAUCUAAAAGAGGUAUCCUUACUCUGAAAUACCCCAUUGAGCAUGGAAUUGUUAGCAAUUGGGAUGACAUGGAGAAAAUCUGGCAUCACACUUUCUACAAUGAACUUCGUGUUGCUCCCGAAGAGCACCCUGUACUUCUCACUGAAGCCCCUCUCAACCCCAAGGCUAACAGAGAGAAAAUGACACAAAUCAUGUUUGAGACUUUCAAUGUGCCUGCCAUGUAUGUUGCGAUUCAGGCAGUUCUUUCACUCUAUGCUAGCGGCCGCACAACUGGUAUCGUGCUUGAUUCUGGUGAUGGUGUUAGCCACACUGUUCCAAUCUAUGAAGGAUAUGCCCUACCUCAUGCCAUCCUUCGUUUGGAUCUUGCGGGUCGUGAUCUCACAGAUGCCCUGAUGAAGAUCCUUACAGAGAGAGGUUACUCCUUCACCACAACUGCAGAACGGGAAAUUGUAAGGGACAUGAAAGAGAAGCUUGCCUAUGUUGCUCUUGAUUAUGAACAAGAGCUGGAGACAGCCAAGAGUAGCUCUGCUGUGGAAAAGAGCUACGAACUCCCUGAUGGGCAGGUGAUCACGAUUGGGGCUGAGAGAUUCAGGUGCCCGGAGGUCCUCUUCCAGCCAUCCUUGAUUGGCAUGGAAGCUGCUGGAAUUCAUGAAACUACAUACAACUCUAUCAUGAAGUGUGAUGUGGAUAUCAGGAAAGACUUGUAUGGUAAUAUUGUGCUUAGUGGCGGAUCAACUAUGUUCCCUGGUAUAGCUGAUCGUAUGAGCAAGGAGAUUACAGCCCUUGCCCCAAGCAGCAUGAAAAUUAAGGUGGUUGCCCCACCUGAACGGAAAUACAGUGUCUGGAUAGGAGGCUCCAUCCUUGCCUCCCUCAGCACAUUUCAGCAGAUGUGGAUUUCCAAGGGUGAAUAUGAUGAAUCUGGUCCAUCUAUCGUCCACCGGAAAUGCUUCUGAGGUUGCCCAUGGUAUGUGCUCUGUAUGUUCUCUAGGCAGUUUUUUGUGUCAUGCAAUAUCAGGUCUGGUUGAAAUUGUGGUUUUGCUGGAGUAUGUAAGAAUUUGCUUCCGAAGUGGGUGUCAUGAGAGGCUUUCCUGGUUAGAAUAAUUAAGACUGAGGUGCCAUCUAGUAUUUGCAGUGGCUUCUGUAAACACUAUUGAUCUUCUUUUCUCCUCUUAUUUCUUAUCUUUUUAUAUUCA